ACAGUUCAUACUUCGUUACUUGUCAGUUGCGACUUGCGAUGAAAUGUGACGGUUUUCCUUGUUAUAAUUUAUAUUACCAUUUGUUAACAUUUUAUUUAUAGGUAACUCCAAUUUUGGAAUAUUUUUAAUCCGACUAGAAGACAGUCUUUAAUUUUUGUAAAAAAUGGUUGUACUUCCGUAUUGUUAUGUCCGCUGCUGUAAGGCUUUAAGUAGAAAUCCGAAUUUUACCAAGAUAAUCCACCGGUCGUUUUACAAGAAUUUUGUAAACAAUGAUGUCACAUUUCUUAGUCGUUUAAAAAACAUUUACAAAUCGAAACUCUUACCUCUCGAAAAAAAAUAUUUGUUUCAUGAGUUUCAUUUGCCAGCAUUAACCGAUCAAGAUUUUGAUGCAAAACCCAUGGUGCUGUUUGUCGGUCAGUAUUCUACUGGCAAAACAUCAAUGAUAAGAUAUCUAAUUGAAAAAGACUAUCCUGGUAUUCGUAUAGGCCCAGAACCAACUACAGAUAAAUUUAUGGUGAUCAUGGGUGGUGAUAAUGAACAGUCUAUACCUGGUAAUGCUCUUGUAGCUGACCCAUCUAAACAAUUUUGUGACUUGUCACGGUUUGGAAAUAAGUUCUUAAAAAAACUUAGUUGUGGAAUUGUGAAUACUCCAUUAUUGAAAUCUAUCACAUUUGUUGAUACACCUGGUAUACUAUCGGGAGAAAAACAAAGAGCUCAACGAGAGUAUAGUUUUAAUGACACUUUAAAUUGGUUUGCUGAGCGGGCAGAUAUGAUAGUAUUGACUUUUGAUGCUAAUAAAUUGGAUAUCUCAGAUGAAUUGAAAGCAGCCAUUGAUGUAUUAAAAGACCACGAUAGCAAAUUAAGAAUUAUUCUAAAUAAAGCAGAUACAAUUGAUGCAAGAGCAUUGCUAAGAGUUCACGGUGCACUUAUGUGGGCUCUUGGAAAAACCAUUCAUUGUCCAGAAGUUCCUAGAGUCUAUGUUGGUUCAUUUUGGGAUCAACCUUAUAAAAAUGAUGUUAAUCGGAUUAUGUUUAACGAAGAAGAAAAUGACUUAUUUCAAGAUAUGAAAUGUCUUCCCCACAAUUCAGUCAUAUCCAAAUUAAAUAAUAUUGGAAAGAGAGCAAACACAGCAAUUGUACAUGCAUAUAUAAUAAGCGAGCUCAAAUCACGUUUACCACUAUUAUCAAGGAUUAUAAAUAAAACUCAUCAUCAAAAUGAGUUAAUAAAUAAUUUGGAAAAUGUGUUUUGUGAUAUCCAAAAUAAGUACAAAAACCUUAGUGUGGGUGAUUUUCCAGAUGUUGAAAAUAUGAAGGCAAUGUUAAAAGAAAAAGAUUUUUCUUCUUUCAACUCUUUAGAUCAAAAAUUAAUCGAUCGUGCAUCAAAUUUAAUGGAUGGAUUUAGUAUGGAAAUGGCAAUGAAUGAUGUAGAAGUGCAAAGUAAUAUAAUUCCAAGUAAAAAUGAUAUUUCAACUCCUUUUAAUGCAACAACUGAAGGAAUUGAUGAAGGCAAAUUUGACCAAAGAUGGAUUGUUGAUUAUUACAGGGAACCUUUUGACAAAAUUUUUAAUAAUCUGGUAAAGAAUGAUGGGAAAGUAGUUCGCACUGCUGCUAAAGAAGAAUUUAUACAGUCAAAAUUACCAGAUUCAGUACUAUCUAAAAUAUGGAAAUUAGCCGACCAAGAUGGAGAUGGUCUUUUGGAUUCUGAUGAAUUUGCUUUAGCUAUGUAUUUAAUCAAGAUUAAAUUAGAAGGUUCGGAAUUGCCGGACACUUUACCAAAACAUUUGUUGCCUCCAUCAAAAUCUAAUAAUUCUUUAAAAAUCAUUCCUAAAGAUUUAGGACCUUGAAAAGGCCCACUGUAUAAAAAAUUGAAUAAUUUCACCCCUGUGAUAAUUUUUAAUAUAAAACAUUAUUUUAAUACUAGCUGAAAACCGUUGUAUAUGAUAAUAUUGAUGUAUCAUACAAUUGAAAUUCAACAACAAAUAUUAUAACAAUGUGUGUAUUUUUAAAUUAUUUGUUAUGAAAUACAUCAUAAAUUUACAACAUAGAAAAAACAUGGUACCAAGUUACAGGAUUCAAAUAAAAUAGUAUUUGAUUAUAAUAAAAUAAUUAUAAAAUAUAUUUUUUUUAUUAACUGUUCAUAUUUUUCUACUUCUAUCAAUUAGUUUUAUUUGUGUAUUGCACUAUAAAAUGUAUAUUUUUUAAAAUAAAAUGUUUUGUUAAAAUUAUACAAAUGUAAAUACAAUUUUUUUUUUUUUUAAUUUAAAA